CAUGGCUUUCCAGCAGUCCCCGUCGCUCGCAGUGCUCUCACCGAGCAUCCUUAUAAAUCUCAUGCACCUGAUGGAUCCUUUGGACAUCAUCCGCCUGCGACAGACAUGCAAGACGCUGUACAGCGCGACGAAGAAGCGCGCGGUUUGGGUUGACCAGAUGAAGAGUAUGUGCGCUGCGAACAAAGUCUUUGCGCCGACUUUCGACAUCGAGAGAAUGUCCCUCGAUGCCCUGGAGCGGGCGUCCACCGCGCCGGCCAGAUUCUUCCGCCUCCUCGUCAACCCACCGGAAGAACCUGAGGACGGAUCGAACCCAUUUUCCACCCGAGAGAUAUUUCUUCCUACCCCUCCAGCUCGAUCUUCGAAGACCACCCGCCGCCGCGCUUCUCUCGCCUCUCCCGACUCCGCGCCCGACGACGAAUUCCGCAGCGUGUGUCUCGUCCCCGGUGGCCGUUUCCUUCUCUGCUGCUCCCUCCACAAUAUCUAUAUCUACUACCUCGACGUCGGCGGUACUAGCGAGCGCAAGGUAGCGCUUAUACUUGCACGCCCGAUCAAGAGCUUGCUGGCCCUUUCCGCGCACCCGGAGGGCUGCGAUUACGACUUCGAGAUCCGGGAAUGCUAUAGGGCGGAGAAGGAGGACAUCUUCAGGUUCAUCUCCGUGAUGAAGCCGCAUACGUACCUGAAUGAGAGAUUUUCUGUGCGGGCGAAGGAAGUGCAUCCGGGUGCAAUCAUCCAUCUAUGCGAAGUCGCUGUACCCGAAGAUGGCGAAGCUGGGUUGAAGAUCCUGGCCCGCUUGGCGGAUGACCUGCUUGACAGCCAUACACUGGACAUACAUGCUGUCACCGCUGACCUCGUCGUAGUGAGCGCAGGCAACAAGGUCGUGCUGUGGCGGCACAGACAGGGCACAGUUGCGAUCUGGUGGGCAUUCGAGCACAGGCUCGGCUCGCUGAAUGGAGUAUUCGUCGUGGGCGCGCAUGCGCUCGCUGUCUGUGAGUUCAGCCAGGCCGUCAUAUUCCGCAUUCCCGAAUUCUUGCCUCUCGGACCGGGGGAUGCGCUCCCGGUGCCCGAAUGGAACGCGGAGCCUGUCUACUCGAUCAACGUCGACCUCGAGUAUCCCGACAACUAUGCCACGCCGCGCCCUUGGUACCACGUUCCGUCUUCCUUGCCCGCCUGGGACUUUUUCGCCGGCGACAUGACUGUCCGCUGGGUGAGCGAGGUCGUCUCCACCAACUUCGCCGAAAGGAGCAAGCUGCCACCGUUUCUGCCCGCCUUGCAUAGAACUAUCAGGGCGGAUAUGUCUGCAUCGCACAUGCAGUCGCGCGACUCGUACGUGGCGCACCUCACCUACGUGCCCUGCAUGGACGACAAUCACGUUAUCCUCGCGCACCGACCGUACACUCAACUUGUCUACGCGGCAUACGCGUACCCCGAGGCCGACCCGAUGCAAGGCGCGGGCGCUGACGAGGCUGGGUCGACCACGACGUAUGGUGUGCUCACUGCUAAGGACCCGACUUCGGACGGAGCCAACGAUGUCGGGAGCUUCUCGCUGUGCGCGGCGAGCGGCAGAGUCGCCUAUGUCAACGUAAUGCGAGACGGGCUGAUGAGCUCGGCAAUCGGCACCAUCAGGAAGGGCUCGAAGAAGAUCACGGUCGUGGACUACCUGCGUCAGUGAACUUGCGCUCGAUCGGAGAUUAGGUGCUGCUCAGAAUGUCUUGGUGCCCUGCACCAAAUCUUGGUGUCCUGCGCUGAAUCUCGGCCAGCUGUUCUUACAACACACGGUGUAGGCAAUGCAUUAUACACUGAUUCCCGUGCGCUAGGUUCAAGAUUGGCUGCUGUGUGGCAUCGCAUGCUACUGCAGUAUAGCGGCGCAUGCUACUGCUGUAUAGCGUCAGAUGCUACCGCUGCUAUCAUCUGCCAUCCGCAGAGGAGGGACCUACCAUUUUUCCCGCGGGCGUCCCGACGUCGGGACGUUUGUGCCCAUAUUUG